UAGGUGACGUCAGCUCCCGUCUCGCUGAGAGUGAAACAAACAUGGCGACAGACUGGAGUGGACAGGGGUAUAUUCUAACUUUAAUCAUUUUUAUCUGGAGCGCAGUUGCUGGGCGAGCGGAGGCGGCGGGAGUGGAGGUCGGCAACAGCCGGAUCAUCGGCAUGAGACUGGAAAAAAGCGACAAGGAAGCGACGACGACUGAUGACGGGGUCAUCCAGGUAACUGAGGAGAGCAAGAUCCUGCUCAGGUUUUACGGGCUGCAGCUCAACUCAAACACCUCUUCACAGAUCAGGUUCACGGAGCACGGUGACGAGGAUAAGAAUAAUGACAAUUUUAACAGGACUUGCGCCGACUUCACGAAAGACUUCGCAAUCGGCCGUUACAUGAACGUCAGCAACCAGGGCACUACGGGAUUGCUGAGUGUAAACAUUAAACCGCUCCGCAAGAGCGAGCCGCAUAAGGAGUAUGGCUUGUGCGUCAGGCAAAGCCCGGAAGACAAGUGGUACCUGCUGGGUGAGAGCGACGGCAAGCUGAGGGUGGUGGAGGAGAAGACGUCCCUGUUGCCGAUGUGGCUGCAGAUCAUCCUCAUCGCGUUUCUCUUGGUGCUGUCAGGCAUGUUCAGCGGUCUCAAUCUGGGUCUGAUGGCCCUUGACCCGAUGGAGCUCCGCAUCGUUCAGAAUUGUGGCACCGAGAAGGAGAAGAAGUACGCCCGCAAAAUUGAGCCCAUUCGCAGGAAAGGAAACUACCUGCUGUGUUCCCUUUUGCUCGGCAACGUGCUGGUGAAUACCACGCUCACGAUCCUGUUGGACGACCUCAUCGGUUCCGGCCUCGGCGCAGUGGUCGCCUCCACUAUUGGCAUCGUUAUCUUUGGGGAGAUCGUACCCCAGGCACUGUGUUCCCGCCACGGUUUGGCGGUGGGGGCCAACACCAUCCUUGUGACCAAGUUUUUCAUGCUGGUCACCUUUCCACUAUCGUACCCAAUCAGCAGGCUCCUGGACUGUGUGUUAGGCCAGGAGAUCGGCACCGUGUACAACCGGGAGAAGCUCGUGGAGAUGCUGAAAGUGACAGAACCGUACAACGACUUGGUUAAAGAAGAACUCAACAUGAUCCAGGGGGCUCUGGAGCUCCGUACCAAGACCGUGGAGGACGUCAUGACAACUCUGAACGACUGCUUCAUGAUCCACAGCGAUGCGGUGCUCGACUUCAACACCAUGUCCGAGAUUAUGGAGAGCGGCUACACGCGCAUCCCCGUCUUCGAGGACGAACGUUCCAACAUCGUGGAUGUUCUCUUUGUGAAGGACCUGGCGUUCGUGGACCCGGACGACUGCACGACCCUAAAAACGAUCACCAAGUUCUACAACCACCCGGUGCAUUUUGUAUUUCACGACACCAAGUUGGAUUCCAUGUUGGAAGAGUUUAAAAAAGGUAAAUCGCACUUGGCCAUCGUGCAGAAGGUCAACAACGAGGGCGAGGGCGACCCCUUCUACGAGGUGCUGGGCCUGGUCACGCUGGAGGACGUCAUCGAGGAGAUCAUCAAGUCCGAGAUCCUGGACGAGUCCGACCUCUACACUGACAACCGCAACAGGAAGAAAGUGUUCCCGAACAAGAACAAGCGCGACUUCUCCGCCUUCAAACACGAGAGCGAAUCGAAAGUCAAGAUCUCGCCCCAGCUGCUGCUGGCCGCUCACCGCUUCCUGGCGACAGAGGUGAGCCUGUUCAGCCCGUCUCUGAUCUCUGAGAAGGUUCUGCUGCGGAUCCUGAGGCACCCCGACGUCAUCCUGGAGAUCAAGUUCAACGAGAGCGACAAGCGCUCGCCGCUGCACUACGUGUACCAGCGCGGGAAACCCGUCGACUACUUCGUCCUCAUACUGCAGGGCCGAGUUGAGGUGGAGGCGGGGAAUGAGAACAUGAAGUUUGAGACGGGACCCUUCUCCUUCUACGGAGUCAUGGCUCUCAAUACGCCGUCACUGGUGACGACGUGUCGUCCUCGUCACCUCUCUCUAAAAAGGUGUUCUCUGUUCUCUCGUUUUCCAGAGUUCCGCUCCCCCUCCCACAUCAGCGGGCUGAACCGCUCCGCCUCCCUCAGCUGCACGGACCGCACCGACACCCUGUCCGUCAGCGGCAGCAACAGCCAGCUCAACAGCGCCCCCUCGCCGCAGUACACCCCCGACUUCUACGUGCGCGCGCUGUCCGAUCUCCAGUACGUCAAGAUUACGCGCUCGCAGUACCAGAACGGGCUGGUGGCGUCCCGCAUGGACAGCACCCCCCAGUCCCCGGAGAGCGGGCACACGCGGCUGGACCUGCCCCUCACCCAGGCCCCCCCGGAGGUGGCCGAGAAUGGGUCGGACGAGACCACGUCCCUCCUCAACGAGCAGAACUGCCAGUCCUCCCAUCAAUCAAACCACAACACCCAUACAGAGAGCACCAUCUGACAGGAGUGGGCGGGACCUAGCGGACCAUGCGCAGAUAAACACACACAGAGACACGGACACGGACACGCACACACACACACACACGCUCACACACACACACACGCAUUUGGGAGGGCUAUGGAGCUCCUCCCACCUCCUCCUCCUCCUCACCUCCUGUCUUCUACUUGAACCUGUGACACUCCACACCCUGUGGGGCCCAGGGCCUGAAUUUGAGGCGUGGCCCUCAAAGAGGUGAAGCAUCCUGGGUCUCACAGUCUCACCUGUCCCCUGGCCCUCACCUGGCAAAGGGACAGAAACUCCAGAGAUGUGUGUGUGUGUGUGUGUGUGUUUGUGUGUAAAGUUAUGCAUGGUAGGUUCUGCUGUUAGCCCAGUGUGUAUGGGAGAAGGGACCAUUAAGUGGAACAAGAGUUAUGGUGAAAGUGUGAGUGUGUGAAUGUGUGUGUGUGUGUGUGUGUGAGUGUGAGAGCAUAGCAGGGUAAGGGGGGAAGUGGGUGGGGCAGUCUGACGUGUUAUUCUUGCCCCACACCUUGACCAUUUUUUUAGGCAGAACAAUUUGUGGUUUUUUAUAAACACAUAGAAGUUUAUUUUUCUCACUUUUUGUACAAAAAGGCACCUCAGAAGUCAGCUUCCCGUUCAAGAGGGAAGCGGCGAAUGCCUUUUCAGCCAGUUCCCCUUUGACAGCGCCUUCGUUUUUUUUCACGUCGGAUACGCUUCGUUAGAGACCGGUCUUCGUUUAUAUUGUCGGAUUUUCGUGUGUGUUUGUUCCCUCCAACCUGCUAUCUCCUCCUCGCUCUUGUCUGUCGUCAUGGCAACUCACACCGCUCAGGGAGACCAAAGAGGUGACACGCAUCACACACCCCAUAAUAAUCUGCGUUACCGCCUUUUCCGCUUUGCGACUAUGGGUGCACGUGCCGUAAGGCUGAGGGACAGACGACAUGAUGCCGAAUGUUAAAGUAGAAGCAUGUAAAGUAAAUCUGAAGUAUAUGAUAAUGUUGACUAAUACAGUAUCCACAUGUAUAUAUGUACGCAGUGCCUUGCAAUAGUGUUCACCCUCUUCAGACGUUUCACAGUUUGUUGCCGUGGGAGUUUGCCACCCUGAAACAAUAAUGGCAUUCUUUGGAGUAUACAAAAUCUGCUCAAAACCAAUAAUAUUUUUUAAAAAUGCUAAUAUUCUGUAAAUAAAUGAGAUUGAUAAUGAAAAUGAGAGUAUGAAUGUAAGUGUUCAGCAAUUGCUAUGACAACUGUAAAUCUACCUUUGCGCUCGAAUCCUAAAUUUUUGGUGCAGUAUGAUAGGUCACAAGAGUAGGUGUUAAAACCUCUCUGUGUGCAACCAAAGAAGUUUCAAUUUUACAAUAAUUAAAUGUGUUUAUCUCUGUAGGAGUUGAAUGUCAGUGAUAACUCUGAUAGUGAUACAACAAACCAACCACAAAGACCAAAGAGAAAGUGCGGGGAAUGUCCAAAAAACAUCCAUUCAAAAUCUCAGCCUUGGUUGCUGCCAAAGAUUCUUUUACCUGAGUACUGUUUUAGGCAACUGUGUUUUAUUUCCGGUUUUCCCUGACAUUCAACUUCCAGUGCGCAAAAGUUUGAUCGUUGUUAAUAAAAAAUAAGGUUUUAAUAAAAUUGUUUACAUUAUUUGUACUUCAUCAAAAUGUGACUACAAUAUUGGUAGGAGUUGGAUACUUCUGCAAGGCACUAUAUAUAUACAUAUAUAUCUAAGACAGAGAGAAAUAUAUUUAUUGAUUCCUUGAUUCCAUGUAUGUUGUAAGUUUCAAAAAACCACCUAUUGUGAAUCUCCGUGGCAACAUGUUUGAAUGCCUGGGUCUGUUUGUUUGUGACGUUUCUAUGGAAAGUGGUCGCUAAGGCGCCUGCUGCCUGUUUGUGGUGAGGGUAGUUAAGGGGGCCUGAUUGUCCCCAGAGCUGGCUAAGGAUAUGCCCGCAGCAGAGUGGCAGGUCGCUGCAGUUGGCUGCUCCUUAGGCGACGUUGAUUUGGAGAACCUGUGGGUGCUUUUAUUAUUUUUUUAAAACUGAUCCCGGCUGAGCAGUGAGCCCUGUCCUGAUGGGGAGACGGGCGGCCUUGGGUGCGAUUCGGGUGGAAAAGCUUUAGGAGCGCGUUGGUCGCUGGCCGUCGAGCCCGCAGAAUGCAUCCGGAACUAUACACACGUGUACGUGUGUGUGUGUGUAUGUGUGCAGAUACAGUAUGUAUACGUGUGUGUGUGUGCGUGCAUGUACGUAUGCUUGUGUGUGCAUGCGUGUGUGUGUAUAUUUUAAUAUAUACGCAUAUACACACACACUCACAUACACACAAAUAUAAUAAAGAUUUACUGUAUUUAUUUUUCAUAAGAUUUAAGUUGUAUAUUUUUGUGAUUUUUUUUUUUUUGCAUUGUAAAUUCUGUCUGUAUUUUAUAAUCUUCCGUUUUAUCAACAAUAUUCUUCUUCCUUUGUGACACGAUGAGUUUUCACUGAUAUGAAAUUCCCUGCAUCUCGUGUAAACUGAGCAGCUGUGUAGCUCCAAGUCGGACCCACUCCAGUGCAAAGAUGACUCCCACCUGGACCGACCAGCUCCCUCAUGCCUGGCUCCUUCACAGCCAAUCGCGAUCAGAGGGCGGUGCUCAGUUAAACCGCUCUUUGAUGUGAUUGGUGGAUCCGCCCAGCAAACGUGAUGGAAGUCAGAUUUGACUCACCACUGUGAUUUUUUUGACGUUGGUGACCACCAUUUUGUCCUGAGAUCCCAGUCUUUGUAGCGGGCACGGAUUCGGAGAGAAACUGGCGUUUUAAAUUCCGUUUGAGUGGAGAAGGGCGGAGUUUACUCCGCUCCUCUGGCGUGGGCCGGGUGCUUCACGAGCUCCCUGUCUGUUCUGGCCCUCGCUGAGAUCAUGAAACUGAACUGGACUGUUGCUUUCCUGGUGGGGAAAUGACUAAGCACUUUUUCUUUCUUUUUCUUUUUUUUUUUCCAAAAUCCAUACCGAUUUUAUGUUCUUCUGUUCUCUCGUUAAGCUUUUAUUUGAGAUUUGGGGGCUGAGGGUGGGGAUUGAGGAGUCCUGUUUAUGGACAGAUUUUUUUUCAAUUUGGACACAUUUCUUUCCACAUCUUGUUACAGAAACUUUUGCUAGUCUUACGCUUUGAGUAAGUUGGACUCAUCCGGACAACUGAACACUAGACCUUGUGUAUCCCAAAGACCUGCCAGUCAUUACAGAGUUCAGCUGGGACAAGGCAUGGCAGAACUCAUCAGUAACUGAGCAUAGUAUACUCCCACAUGCCGCAUUUGUGUGCCUCUGGUGUGACUGACAGGAUCCAGCCUGCUUUGGACCUCUGGCUUUGGUUAACCGUCUCUGUUGUUGUAGUGACUCUGACUGUCCACAGGGUGGUGCUCCUUCCCAGCUCUGAGGUGUAGAGAAUUCCAGUGCAGUGUGCCAUUCCAUUAAGAAUGUGUUGACCAUACUGUGUGAUGUGGGGGUAGUUUUUUUUUUUGUUCGUUUUGUUUUUUUUGGCGGGGGGAGGCGGGGUUACACUUGAUGAUUUCCUUUUAACGGGCUUCAACUUGCCUGUAGUUAUUCUUUGCCAGACUUUUUUCUAACCACUGUUGGGUUUGGUUCACCCACGUCUUCACAAACUGGUUCUAUUUUUUUUUUUGUUUUUCUUCUUUUUGAUUGGUUGUAUAAUGACAGGAGCUCCAUUAAAAUGUAGUCCUUGUGAGAGGUGGACAUUCAUUCAAAAAAAAAAAAAAACAA